AUGUCCACCAAGCAGUACAAGCAGGCCGGCGAAGACGUGUGGAAGAACAGGACAGAAAAGAUCAAUGCGGAGCUCUUUACGCUGACCUACGGUGCGUUGGUGAUUCAACUGAUCAAAGACUACGAAGACUAUGCAGAGGUUAACAAGCAACUCGAGAAGAUGGGCUACAACAUCGGCACAAGGUUGAUAGAAGACUUUCUGGCGCGCACCAACCUCUCCAAGUGCUCCGACUUUCGCGAAGUAGGCGAGGUGGUGAGCAAAGUUGGCUUCAAGAUGUUUCUCAACAUCACACCCACCGUGAUACAUCAUCAGCAAGAGGACGCCUCGUCAUCAUCAGCAGCAGCGGCAGCAGCGGCUGCAUCAGCGAUCACAGGGCAGCCAUCCGGAACCGCCUCGGCACAAGUAUCGACGGCCACAAAGGAGUUUAGCUUGAUUCUGGACGAGAACCCACUGGCCGAAUUCGUCGAGCUUCCUCGGGACGCGAGAGCCGGUGGAUUGUGGUUCAGCAACGUUUUGGCUGGUGUGCUGCGAGGAGCACUCGAGAUGGUGCAGAUGCAAACCGAAUGCUUCUUCGUUUCAGAUACGCUCAGAGGCGACGAAACCACCGAGCUGCGGGUGCGGCUCGUCAAGCAUCUCGAUGAAGAGGCUCCCAUCGCAGACGAUUGA